CAGGGACCACCCGAACAAGUAUUCAGUCUUUCUCUUUGAGCCUGAACUCACAGUAAACCAGAGCAGCCAUGGUUGAGUGGAGCGAUCAGGAGCGCAGCAUCAUCAACAACAUCUUCGCCAACUUGGACUAUGAAGAUGUCGGACCCAAGGCUCUGUGCAGGUGUCUGAUCGUCUACCCCUGGACCCAGAGGUACUUUGGUGGCUUAGGUAACCUCUACAAUGCUGAAGCCAUCAAGUCCAACCCGAACCUCGCCGCCCAGGGCACCAAGAUCCUGCACGGACUGGACAGGGCGAUGAAGAACAUGGAUAACAUCAAGGCCACUUACGCUGAGCUGAGUGUGCUGCACUCCGAGAAGCUGCGUGUGGACCCCGACAACUUCAAGUUGCUGUCUGAAUGUCUGACCAUUGUCAUCGCCGCCAAGAUGGGCAAGGACUUCACUCCUGAGGUCCAGGCCACCUUCCAGAAAUUCCUGGCCGUGGUGGUGUCCGCUCUGGGCAAACAGUACCACUAAGCCCAGAAGAACACAUUCAGUGGAGAUCUGACAUGUUUGUCUCCCUGUCAAGAAAUAAAGACAAACUGAAGCAAAA